GAUUCUUUUUUUUUUUUUUUAAAGAAGAUGUUGAGGGUAGGAGUUUAUUAAUUAAUUUAUUUAUUUUUGCUGUGUUGGGUCUUCGUUUCUGUGCGAGGGCUUUCUCUAGUUGUGGCGAGCGGGGGCCACUCUUCAUCGCGGGGUGCUGGCCUCUCACUAUCGCGGCCUCUCUUGUUGCGGAGCACAGGCUCCAGACGCGCAGGCUCAGUAGUUGUGGCUCACGGGCCUAGUUGCUCUGCGGCAUAUGGGAUCUUCCCAGACCAGGACUCGAACCCAUGUCCCCUGCAUUAGCAGGCGGGUUCUUAACCACUGCACCACCAGGGAAGUCCCAAGUGCCCUAGUUUUUGUCCCUACUUCCAACUUAGGACCAACCAGAGAAAGCCAAACACGUAUCCCUGACCAAUCACAUAGGAUGCCCGGCUUCUCGUGAGCUGGCAACAGCCUCCAAUCAGAGCACCCCUGGAGCCUUCCCUUUUUUCCAUUAUAGAGCUUUCCCACCCCUCCGCCUGCCUUUGUGUCUCUGCCGAAACCAAGUGACGGUGGAUAACUCCCUCGCUAUUGCCAGUUCUGAGUAAAGAGCUGUGACUGGUUCUCAUCUGAGUGGUCUUUGUUUAUGGAAACAAAAGCUUGGAUCUGACCCAUGGUGAAACCUAUCACAACGUGGGCAGGGCCAGCUCAGAGGGCUCCUGACUCAGAGCCCCUCCCGGUUCCUGGAGUUGGAGCGAGAUUGGGGUGGGGGGUGACACAAGGCUUGGGCAACAGUUUCAGUGGGUCCUUACUGGGCCCCGAGGGCAGGGAGACAGGAGGAGCUUUCACAAGAGUGGAGGUCCUGACUGCUGCUUUAGGCGCCUGGGAACUUCAGAGAUCUGGGAGCCCCUGAAGGCCCGCUGCUGGGUCAAGGGGUCCCCAGAACCCAGCACAGGCCUUCAUGGCUGCCUGCAGUGGGGUGGCCCCCGGUAUGUGCAGAAGGUCCGGGACUGUAGGAGGAGAGCCAGGCCCACGAGCAGGUGAGAAGACCAGCCAGGUGUGGACGGGGUUACAGGUGUUAAGUUUUUUGUUUUGUUUUUUUUUUGCGGUACGCGGGCCUCUCACUGCUGUGGCCUCUCCCGUUGCGGAGCACAGGCUCCGGAUGCGCAGGCUCAGCGGCCAUGGCUCACGGGCCCAGCCGCUCCGUGGCAUGUGGGAUCCUCCCGGACCGGGGCACGAACCCGCGUCCCCUGCAUCAGCAGGCGGACUCUCAACCACUGUGCCACCAGGGAAGCCCUCAGGUGUUAAGUUUUAACUUAAAAAAUUAUUUGACAUAAUUUUACAUUUAGAGAAAAGUUGCAAAAAUAGUAAAAAGAAUUCCCACAACAUUCACCUAGUUUGCCAAAUGUUAACAUUUUAGUGUUUAUUUUGUUCUUCUCCACUGCCUCCCCUACCCUGUGUGUGUGUGUGUGUGUGUGUGUGUGUGUGUGUGUGUGUGUGUGUGUGUGUUUAUUUUUUCCUGAACCAUUUAAGAGUAAGUUGUAGGCGUAUCUUUUUAUUCCUAAAUACCUUAGGGUGUAUCUCCUGAAAGCAAGGAAUGCUUUUAUAUAACUGCAGCACAGUGAUCAAAAUCAGGUCCUUUGCACGAUAUCCUUAUCCAAUUACAGACCUUGUACCAAUUCUCCCGUUUGUCCCAACGAUGCCCAUUAGAGCCGAAGGUCAUUCGUAGCAUCUGGGUGUCCUCUCUCUUCAGCCUCCUUCGUCGGGACCAGGUCACUGUCUUUUUUGUGUUUCACAAUGUUGACCCUUUAGAAGAGCGUGGGUGAGGCACUCUGUGGAAGGUCCCUGCUCUCUGUCCGGUGUUUGCUUGUGGUUGGAUUCAGGUUUGCACCUUUGCUGGGAAACCUGGGGUCAGGCCGACCUCCUCUCAUGCCUCAGGUAACUGACUUUGAAACCACGUGGACGUCUGGGACUCCAUGUGUGGUUCUGAGAUGCAGCUGUGCCCCAGGGGCUAUGAGAAUUCCAGUCAGGAGAUCAUCUGGCCUUCUGGUAAAAAGCCCCUACCCCAGGGAAGGCUUCCUGCCAUCUCCGCGGCAAUCAACAACCAACAGAAUGUCGGGAUGGAUUUUCCUGGCCGAUAGCAGUGACCUACUGACGUGUGUGAUGUGAUCGAGUCCCACGCCCUCCUUGCUGAGAUGAAAGGCCCAUGUUGUAGAGCACGUUCUCCACGCCUGCGUGAACAGGACGUCAGGACUCUCCACAGGGACGAUGCCCCACUCAUCCUGAGUCCAGCCCAGGUCACAGGGCGCCUUUUGGAUACAGAUGGGAUCAGAACAAACUUCACCCUGGUCCUGUUUCAGUUGCCAGCACUAUUGACGCCCCUACUUUUACUGCCUUAAUGUAGCCGGAUCAAGCCCGAGACAUCGCAGGCCAAAGACAGGGCCCUGGAGGAGGUGAGCGGCCCGAGGCCUCAGGCAGCGGCUCUCAGUGCUGGCAGGCGGCCCAGAGACCACAGGGGAACUUGAGAGUGUCGCCUGAGCCAGCCCCAUGGCUCCCACCUGCACUCCCCAGGUCUCAUUGGUGAGAGAGUGGCCUGGCGUGGGUCAGACGCCUCUCGUGGGCACUCAGAGAUGUGCCACGUGGCUUGCGGGAUCUUAGUUCCCCGACCAGGGAUCGAACCCGUGCCCCCUGCGCUGGAAGCUCGGAGUCCUAACCACUGGACCGCCAGGGAAGUCCCAGAAUCUGCAUUUCUAACGAGCUGCCAGGAAGCGCUGCUUUUGUCUGGGCCGCACUUUGAGAACUGCUGCCCCAGGGCUCCGUCACAGCCACCCUGAUUCUCGCUGACCCAGGGCUUUCUGCUUCCUGCCCCUGCUGCCCCGCCUCCCCCCUUUCUCCAGCUGGGGGGCUCUUGCUUUGCCUUCUUUACUGGUCUGCCCUUUGCUGAGCUCUGGGUUCGCCCCGACAGGAUGUAGAAAAAGUUGUUUUUAUCCACUUUUGUCAAGCCAAAGGAGAUGGGAAUGCUUCUAAAGGCGUUCUAAGUGGGGGGGAAAUGGACUCCCCAGAUGGGGAACUGUACGCAUGGAAGUGGACGCAGUUGAGGGAGGCUGGGGUGUGGGCUCCGGGCUGGUUGGUUUGCGUUUGAGAGGCACUUACAGGUGAGUCGUUUGGUAUCUCUAGGAACGGGCUAGUCCUUGGAGGGGUCAGCGAGGCCCCAGACGUCAAAGCUAGAACACAGACGUGCUUAAUAAAAGACUUGGUUAAUCCAGGGCGGUUUGCGGAGUAAAGGGGAGGUCUUGGCUCUGAACUUCAGAUCCGUUUUAAAGUGUCUGUCCUAAGAGCACUGUCCAGUCCAUAAACUAUGGAUUGGUGUGUCACUGCCCCUUGUCCUCCAGAUUCAGCCGGUCUCUCCCAUGCCACGUUAGGGGCGACCGUCCCCUUCCUUUUCCUCUCCGGUGGGAGGGGUCCCUUGCUCACGGUUCAUGAACUGAGGCCAGCUACAGCCGUGUGAGGUCACUGAUCCCACACAGGCUCCCUGGGGCAAGUGUAAUAGCUCCGGGAGCGCUGGGUGAGGUGGGGUGACCGGGAACCGCACGGAAUGGUACCUCCUGUGAAAGCUGGAGUGCCAGACCCUGACGGGACAUUGAGGAACCCGCAUCCUCUUUGUGAUUCGCUUCACCCGAGGUCCUCAGCCCAGCAGCCAAAUGCUGUGGAGCCUGCCCUUGACUUCCUGCCCUGGGGGCCUGGAAUGUUCUGAAGAUGACACAUCAGAGUUGGCUCAGCCUGAAGUCUGCAUGCCUGUCGGGAGGGUUGGCAGGUCCCCGUGCCCAGGUGCGGUUUUUUACAUGACAUGACACACGGAUGAGAAGGCCGUGGGUGCAUCUGGGGCCUGGCGGGGUGAUUCAGGAACCAUCACUGCUUCCCAGAAGCAUGGCGCUUGGGUGUCAGCUGAGCAAAUGUUCUGUGUGUCACUGAGAUUAUUAGAAAGCAGAGAACCAUCCCAUGACUUAGUGGAAGCUGGGGGCAGGGGCUCUAUAGAAGCUGGAGGGGUAUCAGGGCCGGAGGAGGUGGGAGGUGUGGGGAGGGCGGCCAGAUCUGGAAACUUUGCUUCCCGUCUGGAUAGACGGGAAGCCGCGGGGACUGUUGGCAGGCACGUCUUCCUGGCCACCCUCGGUGAUGGGACACGCGGCUGGUUCUCUGCAGCAGUGAUAUCAGCAUGAAUAAUCCUUGCGUUGCUUCUCAUAGAAAUCAAAUCUCUAGGACGAGGAAAUGUUGCUGUUUUUCGUUCUAAAGGAAUGGAAUGUCUCUACACCCCUCCCACCCAUGGACAGCAUGGUCCCAUCUCCACGCGUGGCCUGGCAGUGCCCUGGGAGGGCGGCUUCUAGGUUUGUUCUUCUGGACGGGCCACGUCCCCAGCGCCGGCCCCAUGUCCCCGGCCCAGAGGUGGAGGGUAAGGCAGAGGGAAGCAGGGGCACAGAGAGGGACAGUGGACCUCGAAUCAGAGCAGCCUCUGGAGUCUCCGGAGCCCAUGGCAGAGGGAGGGCUUGGUUUGUGGAUGCAGGAUGCAACGGUGUGUGUGUGGGGGUGGGGGGAAUGGGGAGCUCUGCGGCCUUCGGGGGGGCUGGGUGCCCUGGGGACGGGGUGUAGGCACGACACGGGCCCAGCGUCCAGCUGGCCUCUGUCCACGCCCCGGGCCCCGUGGGCAGGAUGGGGGAGAGUGGGCAGUGGCCGUUAGAGUUCUCAUCCCUUCGGGUGUCUCUCACUGGAACCAAGGUUAGGAGGAGGAAAGCCAAGGAGGAGCUGGAAAUAACUGAAUACUAAACAAAGUCUCUCCUGCAGCUCUGGAAUGCUCUGUGCACGCUCUCUACGCCACGCCGUCUAGACAGCCUUGACCUUGAGGUGUGGCGGGCACUGCGCUCUUCCGAUCCACACUUGUGCAGACCCCUUCCCCACACUCUGUAGCAUUGUCAGGCACAGACUCUGAGAACGGGAAAGGAAUCUUCGAGCUCGUCAAGGCUGAAUAUAACAGUCCCCUAAGCACACCAGACUCCCCCCUGGAACCUGUGGUUUGGGUACCUUAUACGGCAAAAGGGGUUUUACAGGCGUGAUUAAGUUGUGGAUUUUCAGGUGGGAAGACUAUCCUGGAUUAUUCGGGUGGGCCCCACAUAGAGUCACGAGAGUCCUCCUAGGAGGGAGGCAAGAAGGUCAAAGAAAAAAGGCCACGUGCUGAUGGAAGCCCGGGGGAAAAAAGGGCAAUGUGCUGGGGGCCGCAGUCAGGGAAUUGAGGACAAACUCUAGGACAUGGAAAAGGUAAGAGAAGGAUUGUCCCCUGGAGCCUUCAGAAGGACCUCAGCACUGCCAACACCUUGACUGUAGCCCCUUGAGACCAUGUCAGACCUCUGACCUCCAGAACUGUAAGAGGAUCAGGUGGUAUUGUUUUAAGCCAUUGUUGGUGGUAAUUUGUUACAGCAGCAAAAGGAAACUAAUACAGAACUCAUUGACCUCAGCCCUCUCUUUUUACAGCUGAGGAGACUGAAGCCCAUUUGUUGUAGAUACUUUCCUUUUUAGUUUGCUAAUUUGUAAGUCGUUUAUGAGAAGGGAAUGAUUUUUCUCCUGCCUCCGUGAAUAAGACCAAGUAUUUUUCUGUAAUUGUUCUGUUGACGAGAGCAGGCCUUAGAAUUUUCAGUUUUAUGGGGUCUGAUUGCUGUAUUGAUUCUGUAGGUUCAAUGACUAUAUUUUCUCGAAUGAAAAUGAAAGAACUCUGAUCUGAUAAGUGUGAGUGGGCUUAUGGGGAUAAUGAGACAGAGGCUAUUCCAUAAAACCAGGGACAAAUAGCCCACGCUGUAAUACAUGGCGUAGCGGCCAACCCACGCCGUCCUGGCCGCCAGCUCCCGUCUCACCUCCCACACCCUCUGCCUCCACAGCACAAGGAAGGAAAGGGGGUGGAAAUCUUGACACAGGGUUUUCAGAGGAUGCUGCUGCUGAUUUCUGAACCAGAACAGACUUUGAAAAGUCCUCCUGAGUCUAAAAAACGAAGACUCAUUGCUUCAACCCUUGCGAUAGACAUCCUGGGCGACCUUCGCCUCAAACCUCAGAGGAUUUCGAGAUACUACGGAACAUUCUGUGCUUUGUUUAUUUCCCAUCAGUUGGUGGAGAAAUUGAACCAAUGCACUGGUGACAGUGGGAACAGGUCAGUGUAGGCCCUGGAGGGGAAGGAGGGUACAGAAAAUGUAGCCCUGGAGAUAUUGCAGGAUCGGUUCCAGGCCACCACAAUAAUGCGAAUAUCGCAAUAAAGUGAGUCACGUGGAGUUUUUGGUUUCCCAUGUAUAUAAAAGUAAUGUUUACACUCUAACCUAUCAAGCAUGCAAUAGCAUUAUGUGUAAAAAAGUACAUACCUUAGUUAAAAAAUACUUUAUUGCUAAAAAAUGCUAACCAUCACCUGAGCCUUCAGUGUGUCAUAACCUUUUUGCAAUCAUGUCAAAGGUCACAGAUCAUCAUCACAAAUACAGUAAUAAUGAAAAUGUUUGAAGUAUUUGGAGAAUUACCAAAAUGUGAAACAGACACGAAGUAAGCAAACGCUAAUGGAAAAAUGAUGCCAAUAGGCUUGCAAAGAGCUCGGUUGCCACAAACCUUCAAUGUGUAAUAAAUGCAGAAUCUGCAAAUUGCAAUAAAGCGAAGCCCAGUAAACCGAGGUCAGCCUGCACUGCUGCAGGCCGGGGGACUCGUUCUUGGGUGGCUGUGAGUCUGAGGCGUUAGUUAUUGAAAGGACGAUUCAAAGAUUCGAACAAUUCUCGUGGCUUGAGGAUCAAGGUUUCCCACAGAAAAAGCUGAGGUUAUGUAAAUUCCUCUUCAUGGAUCACAAGAUCAGCAGUUACCCUUCAGCAGGGCCAAAGGCACAUUGCACGAUUUCACUUCCUUUCUUUGGCUCUAUUAAUGUGGGCUGUCCUAUGCUAUUUAGUGACUAGGAUCUCAACCAAGGCAGGUCAGCUGGAUUAAUGUGUUUGGCGGACUACAGAGACCGUGUGGAGAGGACUCAGUUAUUGACAUGCCCUUCAUCCUGGGAUGACGAUGGUAUUUGGUGAGAUUUACCUGCUCGGGUGAAUUCACACCCUUGAAACUUCCUUGGCUUGACCCCAGAUGUAUAGCUCACUCUUCAGUCUUACCAUGUCAAAAUUAUGGAACAGAAACAAAUAUUCCCCCUUCAACUGGUCCUUGGAAAAAGAAUAAACACAGAUACAAGGUAACAUUUACUCUUUGCCCAAUAAACUCCUUUUGGGGGUAUUUCCAGCUUCCAUAAGAACCCCCUCAUGAAGUUAUACACACACUCAGUUAAUCCAGUGAACUCACCUGUGGUCCCCCUAUGUGCCUGGACCUCAGUUUCAUCUCCUUGAAACUGGAGAAUGGAUUUGACCAUCUCUAGGUUUCCAUCUUGCUUCAGCAUUGUUGUUCUCAGAUAUUAUUUAUCCACCUGAGUUGUGACCCUUGAAAGUUACCUUCCUUGUUAGCAAAAGGAUAAAACUAAUGCCGGCGGGCCCUUCUGACUGUGAGCCAUUCGCUCUGGGUAUGAAAUUCCGAAGAUUUCUCUAAAAGAGUUUCUGUAUCUGCCUUUUCACCUGUAAGAGCCUCCGUAUCUGAAUAAAUCAGACAGAAGAUGUCAUUAAGGUUAGUAACAGGGAUUUUUAAGGACAUUUGGAAAAGUCCUUCCUCUCCAUCCAACAGCAGGGGUCCAGGCUCACCCCCUGGGGCUCCGUCCUCUCUAGCUCCACGGGGAGCUCCCUGAGGGGGAGAGGCACAUUCAUUAUCACCUUUGGGGCUGCUGUUUGGUUAGGAGACACUGGUUUUGUACAGACAUGAAUUUCCAUCUCUAAACUAUUCAGUUAGCCAAAUCCCACACACUAUAAUAAAUACUUAGAGAAUCACCCCUUUCCUUUGCUAACAACUAAACACCACGUAAGACUGGCAGUGGGGGUCUCCUAACCCUAGAAGGACUUCAUGGGGGGGGGGGAACGGCACCUACCUCGCUGGUUAAAGCCCCAGAGUCCUCCUUUUUCUUUAAUGGGGCCGUGGUUGGGCAAAAUACACAUCACUUCAAAACCACCUCACAGCUGGAAGUAUGUAACUUUUAGCGAGUCACAAAAAAUAGGGAAACUUACACAGGGUUUCUCUGGUCACUUCCCCAUCUGAGUGAUCACGCAGCCGGCGCUACAGCUGAGACGGCGCUCCCAGCGAGGAGGGGAAAGGUGUGUUCACAGCCACCCGGUUGGAGGAGUGACACAAGCCCGAUUGGGAAAUCCCUGGACGUAUAAAUUCCUGCCAGACCGCUGAGCUCCCACUGAAGGUGAAAGGCCUGGCAGCCAUCCCAGGAGACAGCACCAGGCGAACGAUGCAGAGCUGCAGGAGACAUUCAGAACUGCAUCUCUGCCAGGAACAGGGAAAAUGUCAGACUCCUUCAAGGAUAUGGGGAGGAGGUACAGGCUGCGGGGUGCUGGGCCUGCGGUCUCCACUUCCUGUGUCCUCCAGAAGUUCCCGGGAGUGAUGUUCACCUGGUCCAUGUGGUUGCUGUGUGUCUCUGUCUUCACCGUCCGGCCUGAGGAACACAUGGUGGCUGCAGGAAGCUGCCAGUUUCAUGGCAGGCAUCCCAAAACCAGGUUCAAGGUAGAAGGGGAGCCUGUGGCCAUGAGGUGCCCCCAGGGGCCAUACUGGGACUCUGCUACCACCCACGUCAGUGUGACAUGGCGUAGAAACAACUCCGCCACGAUGGUCCCGGGGGAGGAAGAGCUGCGAGUGUGGGUCCAGGACGGCGGCCUGUGGAUUGUACCAGCCUCGCGGGGGGACUCUGGCAUCUACAUCUGCACUGUCAGAAAUGCCUCUUACUGUGACAGAAUGUCCGUUGAGCUCAGGGUUUUUGAGAAGACAGAAGCUUCCCUGCCUCUCAUCUUCUACCCGCAAAUUAUAACCUUGUCAGCCUCUGGGUUAUUAGUUUGUCCUGAUCUGAGUGAAUUCAUCGGGAACAAAACUGACGUGAAGAUUCGAUGGUACAAGGAUUCUGUCCCUUUGGAUCAAGACAACGAGAAAUUUCUAAGUGUGAGGGGAACUCGCUUACUGGUAAACAAUGUGUCUCUGGAGGACGCGGGCUAUUAUCAGUGUGCCAUGACGUUUGCCCACAGAGGCAGGCAAUACAACAUCACCAGGAAUAUCAAACUCCGUGUUAAGAAAAGAGAAGAGGAGACGAUUCCCGUGAUCAUCUCCCCCCACCAGACCAUCUCAGCUUCGCUGGGGUCGAGACUGACAAUCCCGUGUAAGGUGUUUCUGGGAGCUGGCAUACAGGCGACCACCUUGCUGUGGUGGACUGCCAACAACACACACGUAGAGGAUGCCUACAAGGGGGGCCGCGUGACCGAGGGGCAGCGCCAGGAAUACUCAGAAAAUAACGAGAAUUACAUUGAAGUGCCCCUGAUUUUUGAUCCAGUCGUAAGAGAGGAUUUGCACACGGAUUUUAAAUGUGUUGUCCGUAAUACAAUGAGUUUCCAGAUGCUUCGUACCACAGUCAAAGAAGCUGCCACGUUCUCCUGGGAGAUUACACUGGCCCCCCUUUCCCUCAUCUUCUUGGUUUUGGGGGGAAUAUGGAUGCACAGACGGUGUAAACGCAGAACUGGAAAAGCCUAUGAUUUGAUGAUGGAGUUAAAGACCAGCCAUCAGAUUCUCAAUCCUAUCCGAGUAAAAUAAAGGAAAUAAAAUACUUCAA